UGAUUCGCGGCCGAUCCUAGCUCGCUCGUUGCGUCUUCGUACGCGCUCGCUGGCAGCGCACGCGUUCGUUUAGCGAAUGGGAAGGAAGAAGGGUCCGGCCAGCACAACAAACCGGGCCAGGCGAUAUACUACGGCAAGGACGGCCGGCUGAACCGGCUCGGGCGCCGCUGUUUCUCCGGCUUUCCGGCGGCUCAGUGUAACACCACGCGACCCUCACCGUCCGUAUACGUUCCUUCCAUCACUCCCCCCUCUAUACCGGCACCCCAACCUCCCCGGUCCGGUGGGUCGCAAGUCGGCCGUGCGGUUCCAUGUGGAGGCCUGUCCUCCUUCUGAGACCAGUAUGUAUCGGACGCUUCAUCGAAGAUGACGACCUCAGUGUUCGACUAACCGUUGCUGCUCCCGGCGUGAUCGGGGAGAUACCGUUUCGUGCGGCGUUGCUGGAAGCGGUGUAGUUUUGCAUCUUAGACAAGCUAAGAUGUUGUUGUAACUAAACCUCUGGCAGUGUGUGGCGGGUUGAUCGACCUAUGGAUGGUGGAGGGUUCGCCGCUGGUGCUACCGUGCCGGAGUCCCGUACUGCUGCUUGACUUCUGGUUCUGGUUCGGAACUUGGUGCGAGUACGUGUAUGGCAACUCCUCGGACCCUCAGCGGGUCGUAAAAGGAAUGAGGCUGCCAUGUGCUCCGUGGUUCAGAAUCCUCAAGAAAUCCCACCUGACCGUGCCAGACACAACUGCACCUUCCGUUCUACACUAAAGAAAGAAAUCUGCAGCACCAGCGCCACAGGAGGCGGUGGUCGGCCAUGUCCUGACUCCGGCACGUCGGAGCUGAACCCGGUGCCUGACUGGGCUUCACAGUAGGCCAUGGUUCGCCACAGGCGGCUGCUGCUGCUUCUAUCGCUGGGAGCGGCCCUGUUCCUGGCCGUAGUUCAGCUGGCUCCGGACCUAGGCUUGCCAGCAGUCCGGGCACCGGCCGUUUCUUCUGUGAACUCGCUGGUCGGGAAAGUCAGCACCAGCGACGCACUGCGAGCAGGCCAGGAUGUGAAAGGAACGUCGUCUCCCGGUGGCAUGGUCCGAAAAGCCAUGGAACACAAUAAUAUUGACGCCCUGCAAGCCUCAAUUGCAAGGGCUUCGACGACGAAGAAGGCACUGUCGAGAAUAACGCCUGCUGGCGUACUCAGGCCAGGGGUAGUAACCUCCACGUCCAUCUCCGUGGUGCGAGCGCCCGCCGCGUUUCGACAUUUCGUCAUCCACCAGAAGGCCUCCGUCACCAGGCCUGCCAUGAACCGUUUCAAGCCGCUCUUGCUCUCCAGAAUGCUGAAGAUGUUCGACAGAACCCUGGCUCACUACCCCACCGUGCCGGCCAACAAGGUCCAGAGGGUCAUCGUCGUCACCUACUUCCGGGCCGGUUCCACCUUCGUCGGCGACAUCCUGUCCUCGACGCCACGCACCUUCUACCACUUCGAGCCUCUGCACAUGUUCAGCAAGGACGCCAGGCUCGAUGGCAGUGCUGCGAGCAAUGCCUCUGGUUUGAUCGGCCACCUGCUCCGCUGCGACUUUCAGCGUGUCCAGCAUUACGUCCGCUGGGCAUCCGAGAAAAAAUUCCUCUUCAGGCGGAACCACUUCCUCUGGGCCCUGUGCGGAGGCCAGCAUCCGGUCUGCUUCAAGCCAGACUACGUGUCCAAAGUUUGCGCGCGGGCGCCCGCGCAGGUCAUGAAGGUCACGCGCCUACACAUGUCUCAGGUUCGGGACUGGUUGCUUAGCAACCCGGACAUUGCCGGAUCUGUGAAAAUUCUGCACCUGGUGCGCGACCCGCGAGGUAUUCUGGCUUCGAGGAGACUCCUGGACUGGUGCAACGAAUCCAAGAGUUGUGCGCACCAGGACACACUCUGCUCCGAGCUUCGCGCAGACCUCGACACGUUCGAGGAGCUUCAGAGGACGUUUCCGAACAGCACGUACAGACUUCGAUACGAGGACGUGUCUCUGGACCCCAAGAAGGAAGCUUUGAAAAUGUUCGAGGCUCUCGGGCUGAACUACACGGUGUAUGUGUCCAACUUUCUAAAGACGCACACCAGGGCGCGAAAGGCCGACGCCCUAGACCCGUACUCGACGAGGAGGAAUUCGUCCACGGUUGCGUUUCAGUGGAGGACUAAGCUGAACUACGAGGACAUCGCGGACAUUCAGCGGUCGUGCUCGGACGUGCUCCUUCGGUUAGGUUACAAGACUAUCACCAGCGAAAACGAGUUGCUCGACGAAGUGCCCAUAGCUCCUGUGCCGCAUUUGAUAGCGGCCGGUGUGCGUACGACGUUAAGGGUAUCUGUAGGCACCGCAAGAUAGUAAAUUAGCGAACGUGCGCAUUCCGUGACUGCAUUACGCGCUCUGGAUUUCAUUACUGCAGUUACGGCGAGAAAUUUGAUGACUUUCUACGGUCCGUAUCUUUCUAAAUGAACGAACUAGUGUGAGCAGCAAUUAAAUGACAUUGAUGCCGUUGUCAGCCGACAGGCUUUGUGAAUGGUGUUGUGGCGCUGUGUGAUUACGCACUGCUGAAAGGUAUGAAUGGCUGUCGGAUCAUGUGUCUACGUGAGGGACGCAAUGACAUUGAAAAUUUAGUAGUGCUAUCGUGAACCACAUUUCUAAGACACGCCGAGAAAUCUUGAUGUGCUCACGGGACAUGUAUGUGCGCGUACUUGAAGUUCAUCCGUUUUGUUUGUUUGACGAUAUAGCGAGCAAAUGCCCCUUUGUUGCUAUGAAUGGGGCUACGUCAGCGUUGAUGUAUGUGUCUGUUCGUUGUUAUUUCUUAUAGUUCUUCCCCGUUUACGUUUGUUGCUAUGAAUAUCAAGCACAUUGUAGAAAACACCACAGGCAAUUAUUUAUAGGUUUAUAUACCUAUUGGCCGGUUGAUUAUGUGCACCUUUUGACUUCGACUGUAGCAGUAAAGUGAAGGCGAAGUCAAAUGUUGACGGGAGCACUUAAAUAAUCACACAGAUCCAGAAACGUUCACAGCUGGAAUUAAUUUUUACGUUUGUGGAUAAUGCAGGUUUAUAGGCAUUAAUGGUGUUGCGAUAUGUGAUGUUCACAGCGAUCCUUUCCUAUUGAGGUUUGUGCAAAACAUAAUUUGGGUAAGAUUCAUCGACGAAAUUUCGAUAACGGAUCGUUAGGACAAAAUAUAGUAUCUAAGAUGUUACCGUUUGUUACAUCAAUGCUAAAUUUUAGCGAAAUAGAAAGAAAACUGUAACUGGCGUCUAAAAACGGUUACGUUAGAAGAUACGGUUGAUUGUUAAAACAAAUUGUAGGUGAUUCGCCUGCAUUUGAUUCUAUGUACGCAUAUAUAUUAUGACGUUGCUCUAACGUACGGCACAAUUGGUAACUUAUAUCAUGGGAGGCUUUUGACAGGUCACUUCAACGGUGACUACGUUUUGUAAGCCAGCGCUUUUCACCUUGAAGCAGUUUUUCAUGAUACAGGCUUGUUAAUGAAGCUCCACAGGGUGUGCAAUUGUUGUUUUUUAUUCGUGAAAACGUCGUUGAAAUCGCGUCAACGUGCACCUACACUAGCUCAGAUGUGCAGUCUUCAUUUUAGAGGGUUGUUAAUUGUACUAUAAGCGUGACACGAUUCAAGUAGUAAAGGGCAAGAACAAAGAACCCAUUUCAAUGCAAUUCCUCAUGCACUACCAACAACAACAACAGUAAAAACAACAGCAAGAAUAAUACCGCCCUAUAGGUUCUCAAUUUAUAAGUUUGAUUAUGACAUAUUCCGCAUGGACUGGUAGAAAGAAAUGAAAAGUUAACCUCAGUAUUAACGAAAAUUUGAACAUCAAGAACUAUGCAAGAGAGCGACACUUGCCAACUCGGUUUAUUAUAUCCAUCAAGUUAUAUGAGGCUAAUUUGUGUGCCUAGUAAACUGUUGAAAUGCGGGUUUUAUUCGCGGCGCUGAGCAGUCGAGGAACAGUCAACCCAAUCAUUCAGCGCCAUAAACUCGAACUCUAGCCUCGCACAUCGGUGACAGGCCAUACACGUUCGCCUGCUUCACUGCGCUGUUGGUAACUUUUUGCUUUGACGAAUGUUCUCUGUUCGUAGCUAGGCGCCCAUAACAUGACGGAGAACUGGUGAUAACGAACGAAAUCUGCUGAAAACUAGCGUGCGUUUGUCGCGAGGUAGCGUGAUUUGAGCGAUAGGAGAAGAGAUGCAUGUUUUCGCUGUGUGCGUUUUGCUUCGGCGACUUGCGUCAUAAUGCCUAAAAAGACAACCGGUCACGUGGAGCUGGCCAAAACUACUAUCUCCGGAUACAGCACGGUUAUGGAAGAACAUUUCUAGGUAUCGUAUAGGACCGGAAUGAAUGAAGAGGCCUGAAUGGCGUAGCGAUUUACAGUGUUGCUUGAGAAUAAUGAAAUAGCGAAGACUUUGUAUUCAGGAUGUAGCGCAAAGAAAGUUAUCUCGAGUCCAGUCAUUCCGUCCGAGCCUCUACAACUGCGUAAGAAGUCCUGUAAUUGACCCUCAUCGGCGUUCUACUCGCCUCGCGCUGAUGUCUAGGUGCCAAAACCUUGACCGGUUCAGGGAGCUGCGUAGGUGCUUUUUAUGUAGUUGAUUUGUUGGUGGCGAGU